CCCUUCAGCCCCAUGAUGAUCGAGGACGACUCGGCGCUCCGGACCGGCGGCAGGGGGCUCUCGGGCCAGUGGGCGGACUCCGUGGGGGUGCGGCCCCGCACCACCGAGCGCCACAUCACCGUGCACAAGCGGCUGGUGCUCGGCUUCGCCGUGUCCAUCCUGGCGCUGCUGGUGGUGACUAUGAUCGCAGUGCUCCUCAGCUUGCGCUUCGAGGAGUGCGGAGCAAGCGCCGCAGCGGCCGCCGCGGGGGCCGAGGCAGAUGGCGCUGCUGGGGGUGCCCCGGCUCGGACCAGCAGCAACAGCAGCGUAGCAGGCUCGUCCCACCGGCCUGGAGGGGAGCCCGGGAGGCCGGGGGCUCCCGGGGGCGUCGCGCCUGGGAGCCCUGCAGCCAAGGAGCCGUCGGAAGAGGAGGAGCAGGGACGCCGGCAGCCCUGGACUCAGCUGCGCCUGCCUGGUCACCUGAAACCCCUGCAUUACAACCUGAUGCUGACCGUCUUCAUGGAGAACUUUACUUUCUCUGGGGAGGUCAACGUGGAGGUGGCGUGCCUCAACGCCACCCGCUAUAUCGUGCUGCACGCCUCCAGGGUGGUGGUGGAGAGGGUGCAGGUGGCGGAGGAUCGCGCCUUCGGGGCGGUGCAGGUCGCCCGUUAUUUCCUGUACCCCCAAAACCAGGUCUUCGUGGUGGUGCUCAACCGGACCCUGGAGGCGCAGAGGAAUUACAAUCUCAAAAUCAUUUACAACGCCUUUAUCGAGAAUGAGCUGCUGGGCUUCUUCCGCAGCUCCUACGUGCUUCACGGGGAGAGAAGGUUCCUUGGUGUAACACAGUUCUCUCCGACACAUGCAAGAAAGGCCUUUCCCUGUUUUGAUGAACCCAUCUACAAGGCGACUUUUAAAAUCAGUAUUAAGCAUCAAGCCACAUAUUUGUCUUUAUCUAAUAUGCCAGUAGAAACUUCAGUUUUUGAGGAAGACGGAUGGGUAACAGAUCAUUUUUCACAGACCCCGCUCAUGUCCACCUAUUACUUAGCCUGGGCUGUGUGCAACUUUACUUUUCGGGAGAUGGUCACAAAGAGUGGAGUCAUAGUGCGAUUAUAUGCAAGACCUGAUGCAGUCAGAAGAGGAUCUGGGGAUUAUGCUCUCCAUAUAACAAAGAGAUUGAUAGAGUUUUAUGAAGACUACUUCAAAGUGCCCUAUUCUCUACCAAAACUAGAUCUUUUAGCUGUGCCUAAGCAUCCAUAUGCUGCUAUGGAGAACUGGGGGCUAAGUGUUUUUGUGGAGCAAAGGAUACUCCUGGAUCCCAGUAUUUCAUCCAUUUCCUAUUUGCUGGAUGUCACAAUGGUCAUUGUCCAUGAGAUAUGCCACCAGUGGUUUGGUGACCUUGUGACUCCUGUCUGGUGGGAGGACGUAUGGCUGAAAGAAGGCUUUGCUCACUAUUUUGAAUUUGUUGGGACUGACUACCUCUACCCAGGCUGGAAUAUGGAAAAACAGAGAUUUCUGACUGAUGUGCUCCACGAAGUGAUGCUACUUGAUGGCCUGGCCAGUUCACACCCAGUAUCCCAAGAAGUGAUCCAGGCCACUGACAUCGACCGGGUUUUUGACUGGAUCGCAUAUAAAAAGGGUGCAGCUUUAAUUCGAAUGUUGGCUAAUUUUAUGGGCCACUCAGUAUUUCAGAGGGGUUUACAAGAUUAUUUAACCAUUCAUAAAUAUGGCAAUGCAGCCAGAAAUGAUCUGUGGAAUACACUGUCAGAGGCUUUAAGAAAGAAUGGAAAAUAUGUAAAUAUUCAAGAAGUAAUGGAUCAAUGGACUCUCCAGAUGGGUUAUCCUGUCAUCACCAUCUUGGGAAAUGGAACAAUUCACAAUAUGAUAGCCAUUACCCAGCAACAUUUUAUUUAUGACAGCAGGGCUAGAGUCAAGACCACUGAGUUUGGAAACAACAGUUACCUAUGGCAGAUCCCAUUAACCAUUGCAGUAGGAAAUCGGAGCCAUAUCUCAUCAGAGAUAAUUAUAUGGGUGUGUAACAAAUCAGAACAUCACAGAAUUACUUUGGACAAAGGAAGCUGGUUGCUGGGGAACAUCAAUCAAACUGGGUAUUUUAGGGUCAACUAUGAUCUAAGGAACUGGAGAUUAUUAAUUGACCAACUAAUACAGAACCAUGAGGUUCUCUCUGUCAGUAAUCGCGCAGGUUUGAUCGAUGAUGCCUUCAGCCUAGCCAGAGCUGGCUAUUUGCCUCAGAAUAUUCCCCUGGAGAUUAUCAGAUACCUUUCUGAGGAGAAGGAUUUUCUUCCGUGGCAUGCUGCCAGCCGGGCCCUUUAUCCGCUAGAUAAAUUACUGGACCGAAUGGAGAACUACAAUGUCUUCAAUGAAUACAUUUUAAAACAAGUUGCAGCGAUGUACAUCAAACUUGGAUGGCCAACAAAUAAUUUUAAUGGAUCCCUUGUUCAGGCAUCUUACCAACAUGAAGAGUUACGGCGAGAAGUUAUAAUGCUGGCAUGCAGUUUUGGUAACAAACACUGUCACCAGCAGGCUUCAACACUUAUUUCAGACUGGAUUUCCAGCAAUAGGAACCGAAUACCUCUAAAUGUCAGAGAUAUCGUCUAUUGUACGGGAGUCUCACUAUUAGAUGAAGAUGUCUGGGAGUUCAUCUGGAUGAAAUUUCACUCCACGACAACAGUAUCUGAGAAGAAAAUAUUAUUGGAAGCCUUAACUUGUAGCGAUGACAGAAACUUAUUAAAUCGGCUUCUGAAUCUAUCACUGAAUUCUGAGGUUGUAUUGGACCAAGAUGCAAUUGACGUCAUAAUCCACGUAGCUCGAAAUCCUCAUGGCAGAGAUCUUGCAUGGAAGUUUUUCAGAGAUAAAUGGAAGAUAUUAAAUACCAGAUAUGGAGAAGCUUUAUUUAUGAAUUCCAAGCUCAUCAGUGGAGUCACAGAAUUUCUUAAUACAGAAGGUGAACUCAAUGAGCUGAAAAACUUCAUAAAGAACUACGAUGGGGCAGCAGCUGCAUCCUUCUCCCGGGCUGUGGAGACUGUGGAAGCCAACGUUCGAUGGCAAAAGUAUUACAAAGAAGAACUUUUCCAUUGGUUACGAAAAGCCCUCAGGCACUAG